AUGACACCAGACUUGACAUCAGGUAGUGAGGAAGAUCCUAGAAUAAGGAGAAUUUUUCAUGAACUUUGUAACCAACUUGCAUAUAACAGAGAACAAACUAGACAAUUAAAAAAACAAUCCAAUGAACUAAAGGAUAAAGUAGAAGAAUAUAACGGUUCUUUAUUCAAACCAAGUUAUCGAGAUAUUGAACGACAGAAUGCGCAAUUGAUUUAUGAAAAUCAUAUAUUGAACGAAGAAAAUGCGGAAUUAACAGCGAUGGUUAAAGAUUAUGAACAAUCAUUAAAAACGAUCAUGAUGAGAUUCAGAUAUCAAGCCUAUGAAAUACAACAAAGUAAAUUGGAUAUGCAACGAAAUUAUGAGAUAUUAUUAGAAGAACAACGGUCAACAACAGCACAGGUAUUAUCAGAGAAUGCAUCAUUACAAACACACCUUUCAAAUAUAGGCAAUUUAGUGAGGGAAGCGCAUAAUACAAAUUCGGAUUUGGAGACUGAUAUUUUAUUAGAGAGUUUGGUCAUUGAGAAUCAAGGAUUGAGACAAAUGUUGGAUAUUGCAAAUGGAAUUGGACUACCGGCACCAACAAUCAUAUCAUCAAAAAAAAAUAUGACCCUGGAAGAGAAAGAGAAUGGAGAAGUACGAUCAACAGAAAUUCACGAUAGUAAGCUUUCUGAGUCAAUUAAGGAGGAAGAAAACAUGAAAUCGAUGGAAAAGACACUGGAUUAG